CGAGAGGCCGACGCAGAGACUACAGCCCCCAGCGUGCCUUGCGGUGGGUUUGUGACGCAGUCGGCACUGGCUACACGGGGAAACUUUCAUAACCUGGGCCGGCGCAGAAAAUUCUAAUCCUGGAGAGAGUCAGGUCCUUUCACACGUCUCAACUCGACCGCUCACAAUGAACGAAGAUCCAGAACAUGACAACUCGUCGAUGUAUUCCAGCACCUUUGCCCAGGUUAUCUUUGUCAACGUGGAAAAACUGUACAUGACCGACAUUCCAGUGAAAUGCAACUACACACUGACAUCCAAGAUCGCAGCUCAUAAGAAGGAUUGGAUUGGAAUUUUCAAGGUUGGAUGGAGCACUGCCCGAGAUUACCACACUUUUGUUUGGGCACCUCUCCCAAAGUGGGACAGUCUUGUGGAGCGGCAACAACAAGUGACGUUUGAGGCUUACUAUCUUCCAAAGGAUGAAAAUGACUUCUACCAGUUUUGCUACGUCACGCAGAAGGGUGAAAUCCGUGGGGCCAGCACACCCUUUGGUUUCCGGCUAAUGGGCCACAGCACAUCUGAACGGCUGGACAGUGACUCUUCUCAAGAGAUGCUCAUCAUCACCACACAAGAGAAACAAGAAGAAACGGAAAGGGAGAGAAUUGAGCUGAAGGAGAACAACCUGAAGUUGGUUGUGGAAAAUGCCACCUUGAAGGAAAAGAUCAAAGAGCUGGAAACUCAGGCAGCGAAGGAAAAGGAGGAACAUUCUACAGCACUGGAAAUAAAUAAGAAGGAGGUGACAGCACUUGAAAAGCAAACUCUGGAACAGAAGGUGAAGAGCGAGUUGGAAAUGAAAGCCCAGAAUGAAAAGGCAGAGCACCUGAGAAAGGAUCUGACUGAGAAGGAGACUGCAUGUUUCAACCUGCAGAAGGAACACAAGAGCUUGCUGGCAAAGAUGGAGACAUCACAAGCGUCCCUUGAGCAACUGAAGCAGAAACAUGAGAAAGCUGUGGAGAAACUGAAACAACUCCAGCAAGAAAGCAAGCGUCUCAAAGUGGAAAUCAGUGCAAAGGAGACAGAGUUGACAAGUUUGACGGAAGUAAAGAAUAAAACCGCGAGUGAGUUGAAAGCUGCACAGGAGAACCUCGAACUAGUCCGGUUUGACGUCGAAACCCAAAAGAAAGAAAACGAGAAGCUGAAGGAGAAUCUGAAGAAGUUGGCGGAGGUGCAGAGCCUGCAGCAGGAGUGCGUGGUGGAGAUCAGUCGGCUGCGUCAAGCCCUGAGCAAGUCUGAGGAGCUGAAGGCUUCCAACGCCAAAGCUAUAGAACAGCUCCAGGAGCAGGUGGAGAAGCUGCAGCAGUGCCUGAAGGAGAUGGAGGAGAAGGUGGAAGAGUCCAGGCAGCAACAAGCCCAGACCAGGGAGGAGCUGAGAGCAGCACAGGCCGCUCAGCAGCAGAGUGAGAAGAAGCUGUCUGAGGCCCAGCAGGAGAUCCAGCACUGGAAAAGCAAGUUUGAGACCGUCGACCAAAUCUUUUCAAGGAAAGAGGCUUGUGCUGAGGGGGGCAUCACUGCAAACCAUCACAUCCAGAAGGAGAUUGCAAGUUUAAAGGCUAAACUGCUGACAGGAAAGUCUUGCUAUGUACAAAAGUACAAGGAGUGCCAGAGACUGCAUAAACAGAUCGACAAGUUGAAAGCAUUGUUGGAAGACAAGAACAAAUGCAGCUCUCCACUCAAGGAGAUUGUUGAGAUCACGGAAAAUGCAGAAACAGAAGCGAGUUCAGUGGGGUUCACUGUGCAACAGCCAGGGACUGAGUUAGCUGAAAUAAGGACCAGGCGUGGCGACAGGUUGGAGGCUGUGAUUAGGUACACAAGCAUUGAACGUGAGCUGGAGGACAAGGCCCAAAUCGUGGACAUUCGAACCAUGGAGGUGACUGCAUUACAAGAGGAGAUCAAGAAGCUGAACAAGAAGAUUGAUGAAAUGAGGUUCAAUUCAAACCAUCAGAGUGGAACGUUUAAAUUAGAGCAUCCUAACCCCUACAGCCUGAGUGUACCUAAGGUUCAUGCCGCUCAUUCUGGGCUCCUGUUUGGAAACCCGUACUCUGAGUGCGAUUCCCAGGGAUCGCAAACGACUGAAAUGGUUGACCAUGGGGGAGAUCGGGAUGCCUGGGAGAAUUCCCAGGACAUUAAAGAGGAUUCAGCGGUUGAAAGCCAAGCCUGCCCAGUGUGUUCAAUGCAAUUCCAAGCGAACAUGGACGAGUCUGAUAUGGAACAACACAUCUCCACGCACUUUGGUCACGAAUGUCCCAUUUGCCAAAAUACUUUUCCAGAGAACAAACGGAGUCAGUAUGAAAAUCACGUGCAGUCUCAUUUCCAGGAGACCACCAACUGGGAGAUGAUCUGAUGGGAAUUCUGCAAAGUUGAUAACACCUUCCGGCCUUUAAUCUUAAAUAUUGUUUUGGACUCAUUUCCUUCUGUUGUGCAUUAACAUUGAGCAUUUCCACCCAGGUAAUAUCACAUGGUCAAAGAGUUGGGCAAGUGGCAGGUCUCUACCAGCGCUGCCUUUACCUCAGCCGUGUAGAAGGUUGAGACUUGUAUGGAGGGCGUGAGUCCAUGUCAAGACUUCGACUAGACUUGGACUGCCACGACCAAGCAACCAGAGGACUUCCAGUUCAAAUAACAGCCAAUUUUUACAUUACUGGCAUUUCUUGUGCAAUAAUAUGCCUCAUACUAAAUUUAACCUGGUCUACUCCCAGAGCCGGAUAGAAACAUAGAAACAUAGAAAUUAGGUGGAGGAGUAGGCCAUUCGGCCCUUCGAGCCUGCACCGCCAUUCAAUAUGAUCAUGGCUGAUCAUCCAACUCAGUAUCCCGUACCUGCCUUCUCUCCAUACCCUCUGAUCCCCUUAGCCACAAGGGUCACAUCUAACUCCCUCUUAAAUAUAGCCAAUGAACUGGCCUCGACUACCCUCUGUGGCAGAGAGUUCCAGAGAUUCACCACUCUCUGUGUGAAAAAAGUUCUUCUCAUCUCGGUUUUAAAGGAUUUCCCCCUUAUCCUUAAGCUGUGACAUUGUCCUGGACUUCCCCAACAUCGGGAGUAAUCUUCCUGCAUCUAGCCUGUCCAACCCCUUAAGAAUUUUGUAAGUUUCUAUAAGAUCCCCCCUCAAUCUCCUAAAUUAUAGAGAGUAUAAACCAAGUGUAGCCAGGAUACCUAUUACUGGGUAUGUCUGACUUGAAGCAUGAGACGUCAUCAUUUUCCCAUCUCCAAGAUUCCUGACAUGCAUUAACUUGAAUGUGCACCAAUCCAAAUUGGCAGCAAAAUAUUAUUUUUAAAGGGCACUGCAGACCCGGCUAUCAUUUCCCCAUUACGUAACUCUUUUGAGUAUUGGUUAAUGCUUUAAAAGUUAUAGUUUUACAAACUCAACAAGAAAAUCCAAUCUAAUUUAUACCGUAGUGUAAAUCGGGAUUUACUAAAUAUCAUACCGUUGCCUCUAUUUUAGCAGAACAGUACUUUCUGCAUUUAUUCAUUUGCACUCAUCAUACUUAUAUUAUCAUAGUAUUUUUCCCAAUGGAACUGCAUGAUGGCUUGUUAGAAGCAACAGCAUUGCAUCUUUUGGUAAAACAAGCCCAGCUUACAUCUACCACUAAGGAUUCCACUCCUGGUCUGGGUCAGCUACACUGGUUUGUUGCAUUAACAGGAAAGUAUGUUGUACACAAGCUUACAUCUUGAAUUUGCAUUUAAUUAGAUUUCACUUUGAUUACCUGCAUUUCAUCUAAAUAACUUGAGAUUUAUGGUGUCGCUACAUUAACAUUGUUUUAUUGUCAUUUUGUUUAAAUGGUUUACGAAGAAUCCACUGUGUAUCUAGACUAUUAAUAUCAGAUACUGUAUAUUUAUUCCUGAUUGUGCUGAAAACAGUGAUAAAUUUGCUGAAUUUUGGAAUUAAAUUGUGUUUAUUCGAGA